AUGGAUGCUUACCUGAGAAGGUUUGAGACUUUCGCGAGAUCUCAGCAAUGGGAGGAGGUCAAGUGGGCCAUUGGGCUAAGUACGUUGUUAAAGGGAAAGGCACUUGAGGUAUUUGCGCGACUCGCUCCCGAGCAGGCUUUGAGUUAUGCAGAAAUCAAAGCAGCGUUACUGCAAAGGUUUGAUUAUACAGAAGACGGCUUCCGUAAAAGAUUUCGCGACUGUGGUGUGGAAUCGUCGGAGACUUUUGUACAGUUUGUGAUGCGCAUUGAGAAUUAUCUAACAAGGUGGAUUGAAAUGGCCAAAUGUGACAGAACAUUUGGGGAACUUGCGGAUCUUAUUCUCAGAGAACAGCUAUUGUCGGGGUGUACACUGGAUUUAGCAUUAUUUCUCAGGGAGAGGAAACCAGCUAAUGUGCAUCAAAUGGCAGAGUUAGCUGAUCGGUUUGUGGAAGCUCGCAGUGGUAAGGCGAAGGCAUUCACUCUGAAACCGACAUCACAGGGAAACAAGUUGACUAAGCCAGGUCAAAGUAGCAGUGGAGGAGGAGGAAAGCUGGUGACCCAGAGCAAGGGGGUUAAUCAUGAUAGAGGUCAAGGUUAUGGAACUAAACAGACACGGGACGCUAGGAGGUGUUUCAAAUGCGAUAGUCCAUAUCAUUUAGCAGCAAAAUGGCCGCAAACUACAGUAAAGGGAAAGGUGGCUGUGGGGACUGACAUUUCGGGAAAUGAGGGACGACACAACACGGACCAGAUUGUGUGUGACCAAAUGCCAGUUGUUAAGGGUCGUGUUGGUGAUCAAGACGUCGCAGUACUAAGAGACACAGGUUGUAGUGGUAUUGUCGUACGGCGAGAUUUAGUAAAUGACAAUGAAUUACUCAACAUGAUGCAGACAUGUAAGUUAGUGGAUGGACGGGAGAUCAGUGUACCAAUUGCUCAAGUCCGCCUAGAUACUCCAUACUACAGUGGCACUGCAAAUGUUUGGUGUAUGAAUUGUCCAUUAUAUGACGUCAUUAUAGGAAAUGUACCUGGAGCACGUGACUCGGAUAAACCUGACCCUAACUGGAAAGAGUCAGGGGGGGACAUUGGGGCCGUACAGACGAGGGAACAGAGGAAACGUGAGGAUAUAAAAACACCAUUAACUGUACCUGCGGCACUGAAGGAUGUUACUACUCCAGAUGAACUUGGGGAUGCCCAGAAGGCAGAUAAAUCUUUGAGGGCCCUAUAUGACUUGGUAGACAAGGGGAAUGUUAAACGAACGGUGACGGGAACGACGUCGCGUUUCUACAUUCGUAAGGGUCUACUGUUUCGUGAAUGUACAGACGAAACGUGUGUUUGUAAGCAGCUAGUAGUACCUGAAGACCAUCGGGAGACUGUACUGAGGUUGGCGCAUGACUCUGUUAUGGCGGGUCAUAUGGGGAUAGCUCGGACAACGGAUAGGGUACUUGCAGAAUUCUUCUGGCCGGGAUGUCGUGCUGAUAUAGAACGAUAUUGCAAGUCCUGUGACGCAUGUCAAAAAACGGUUCAUAAAGGGAGAAUCAAAAAGGCACCUCUGGGAGACAUGCCUAUCAUAGACCGUCCAUUUGAGCGAGUUGCAGUAGACAUUAUUGGACCUUUGAUACCGGCUUCAGACAGGGGUCAUCGUUAUAUUCUUACAGUUGUUGACUUUGCUACUAGGUACCCGGAGGCGACGCCACUUAAGCGUAUAGAAACUGAGGAUGUUGCAGAAGCGUUACUCAAAAUAUUUAGCAGAGUUGGUGUGCCCAAGGAGAUUCUGUCGGAUAGAGGGUCACAGUUCACAUCUGCCCUAAUGCAGGAGUUUAGUCGCAUACUAUCAUUAAGAACGCCCUAG